GAUUUUUGUAAAACUGUCUCUUACGACUCUUAAAACAUUUGAUUGACGGAUUAGGCUUGAGUUUGAUUUCUGCUUAGUUUUGGUAUUAUUAUGACUGAUAAAUUGUGAAAUACAUGGUUUUACUACAUGAUUGAAUCUAUCCUGCUGUCAUGGGAAACACUGAUACUAAGCUGAAUUUCAGAAAGGCGGUCAUUCAACUCACGACCAAAACACAACCCAUUGAAGCAAAAGACGAUGUAUUUUGGGAUCAAUUUUGGUCAGAAAGUACUCAGAGUGCCCAAGAUGUUUUUACUCUUAUACCUGCAGCUGAAAUUCGAGCUCUACGUGAAGAAUCUCCUUCUAAUUUAGCCACACUUUGUUAUAAGGCUGUUGAAAAACUUGUUGCAGCUGCUGAUAGUUUGUGUAACACCUAUACACAACAGCAAACAGUGUUGAAUUGUGUGAGACUUUUAACAAGAAUAUUGCCAUACAUUUUUGAAGAGCCAGACUGGAGAGGAUUCUUUUGGUCUAGUCUUCCAGGAAGGUCUAGUGAUGAAACUGAUGACGAAGCAGAAAAUAUGCCUCUUUCCCAGUCUUUGAUAAGUGCUUUGUGUGAUCUGUUGUUUUGUCCAGAUUUUACUGUAUCUGCUGGGAAAAAAUCUGGGCCAGAUAACCCUGAAGAUCUCCAGUCUAUUGACAGCUGUGAAUACAUAUGGGAAGCUGGAGUUGGUUUUGCCCAUACCCCAACUCAUGUACCUCAACAUGAUUACAACAGGACUGAAAUUUUAAAAUUGUUGCUUGCCUGUUUUAGUCAAACUAUGUAUAUGCCAGCAGCAGAUGUAAAUCUUAACCCAAACAAAUGGAUUCAAUAUUUCACAUCAGCUGAUAACAGACAUGCCUUGCCACUUUUUACAUCUUUAUUAAAUGUAGUUUGUGCUUAUGAUCCUGUUGGAUAUGGUGUUCCAUUUAAUCAUCUUUUAUUCACGGACUCAAGGGAACCAUUAGUUGAAGUUGCUUUGCAAUUACUAAUUGUAUCUUUGGAUCAUGAUUUUAGAGAGCCAUCAAAUGAAGAAGGGUCUGAAAAAUCUUUCCCCAGUAAUUUAUUCAUUAACUAUUUAUCCCGAAUACAUAGAGAAGAAGAUUUCAGUUUUAUUUUAAAAGGCUUUACAAGACUACUGAACAAUCCUCUGAUACAGACAUACAUACCUAAUUCCACCAAAAAAGUUCAGUUUCAUCAAGAGUUGCUGAUAUUUUUUUGGAAAAUGUGUGAUUACAACAAAAAAUUUAUGUUCUAUGUUCUGAAAAGCAGUGAAGUACUUGAAGUAUUGGUUCCAAUUUUAUAUCAUUUGAACGAUGCUAGAGCUGAUCAAUCUCGAGUAGGACUUGUACAUAUUGGUGUGUUCAUAUUAUUGUUACUUAGUGGUGAAAGAAAUUUUGGAGUUAGAUUAAACAAGCCUUAUACAGCUAGCGUACCAAUGGACAUUCCAGUAUUUACAGGAACACAUGCUGACCUGUUAAUAAUUGUCUUUCACAAGAUCAUUACUACUGGUCACCAACGGCUUCAACCCCUGUUUGAUUGUCUUUUGACAAUCAUUGUAAAUGUUUCACCCUAUUUAAAGACUCUUUCUAUGGUUGCGAGUACUAAACUUCUUCAUCUUUUAGAGGCAUUUAGUACUCCAUGGUAUCUUUAUACAAGUGCAACUAAUCAUCAUCUUGUAUUUUUUCUGUUGGAAAUAUUUAACAAUAUCAUACAGUAUCAGUUUGAUGGAAAUUCAAAUUUAGUGUAUACCAUUAUAAGGAAACGCUACGUAUUUCACUCCUUGGCUAAUUUACCUACAGAUCAUAGCACCAUUCAAAAAUCUUUGAGCAAACGUAACAAGCUUGUGCCCUCAACCAGUACUAUGAGUCUUAAUAGUUGUGCUUCAGGUGUAAAUAGCCAAAGUAUGGAAGGCUCAACUCCUGCUAAACCUGCUGAAAAGGGAACUUUAAAUGCCUCAUUAGCUGCUACUCCAUGUAUUGAUAAAAUGACUGAAAGAGAACGUGCUCAUCCACCUAGUGCUCCCACCAGUCCUACUGAAACAUCCCCUCCAACACUUAAUGAUUCUGGUGAAGAAACAAGCUGUGCCAGUAAAAAUCCUAAUACUGAAAGCUCAUCUCAGGGAUUAGAACCAGAAGGGCAAGAAAUGAUUAAUUCAAAUGUCACAAAAGAAGAUUCCACUUGUAGAAAAAAACCAACAUCACCUCCUCUGAGUCCAACAAACUCGAUAGAUUCAUCUGGUUCAGAAGCAGCAUCAACUGCAACCAAUUCUUUUCCAAGAGCACGAGCUAGUUCUGCUGCAAGUUAUUCCACUGCUAGUUCAGUCACUGGUGUUCCUCCAAGUCAGUGGAUACCAACUUCUGAUUGGGUUGUUUCAUGGAAGCAAAAAUUACCUCUUCAAACAAUUAUGAGGCUUCUUCAAGUUCUUGUUCCUCAAGUGGAAAAAAUAUGCAUUGAUAAAGGGCUGACAGAUGAAAGUGAAAUUUUGAAGUUUUUGCAACAUGGAACACUGGUUGGACUUCUCCCAGUCCCUCAUCCAAUACUAAUUCGAAAAUAUCAAGCAAACAGCGGAACAACUAUGUGGUUUCGUACUUAUAUGUGGGGUGUUAUUUAUUUACGGAAUGUCGACCCACCAAUAUGGUACGAUACUGAUGUUAAACUGUUUGAAAUUCAAAGAAUAUAAAUUUUCUCCCUUCCUGGUGAUUGACUAAACCACUAUUCCAAGAUGUUUUAAUGAUAAAUAAAACCAAAACUUUUAUUCCAAAGAUGUAUGCAUUUUAAAAUUUAAUUAUUUGUUUUAUUAAAUAUUUAUUUUCUGUUUGAUUGUUCUAAUUAUGAACAAUUAUAGAAGUAUAAUUUUAUUCCUUACAUUUCAUAAAGUAUUUUUCUUAUUUCUGUAUUCAAUAUUCUACUGUAAAUUUUCAUGCCAUAGCCAUGAAAUUUGAGCAUAUUUUUAAUUAUACUACAUAAUUUUCUAAUAAAGUUGGAGGAAUUAUUAUAAAAAAGAAUAUUUAAAGGAUAAUUAAAAAUUAAUUUCAUUACAUAAAUCAUAAAAUUUGUAUUAUGUAUAAAUAAUAUUUAUGUACAUGUAAAUAAAACAUUUGAUUUUUAAAUAGAACAUUAUUUUUAUAGACAUAUUAUGAAAUAAUUAUAUUUAAUUUCUAUUAUUAAAUUUACUCAUUGAUUUAUAAUAGUGCCUCUAAAAAGUUUUAUUUAUUUGUUUUUUAAACAUUAAUAUAUUAAUUUGUUUUGUAUAUCCAUUUAAUUGUUAGGAAAUAAAUAAAAUAAAAAUCUGGAUAGUAAAAUGUAAGGAAAACCUUAAAGUAAUCUUAAUUUUCCUAGGGUUAUUUUACAGUAAGUAGUAUGAAAAUAAUAUUUUAUUAUUUUAAAAUAGACUGAAUAAAUUUAAGUUUGAAUUUAUAUAAUGUUUUUAUUUUAUUUCCUAGACCAUUGCCAAUAGUCCAUUAUAAGUAUAUUCUUAUAAUGGACUAGUUCUCUAGUAUGACACAAAUUUUUCAACAAAUGCAUUAAUGUUACUUUCAAAACCUUUCUAAACUUCGUCCUCAAAUUUCUGUUUUUACUGUGAUGAGUAAAAAUAAUUUACAACCAAAAUAUUUGCUGUGCAUUUUAUAUUUUUAAUUAUAUAUUACUUUACUGAUGCAUGCAUUUAUUUAAAGUUUUUAUAUAAUAAAUAGAUAUUUGGGUGUAUUCUAGUUUCUUGUUAUUUGUUUGAUGUUUUUAAACCACAUUAUUUUGAUAUUUGUUGAUUAUUUUAUAAAACAAAAUUUAUUUGAUGCACGAACUACUUUUACUUUCAUUUUUGCUUUAAUAUAUCUAACAUUAUUCUAGUCUGUUUUGUGUGAGAUUCUUUUUUUUUAUUUAUAUUAAAACUAUGACUGUGCAAUUUUACUAUAGUUUUUUGUCAAUUAUAAAUAUUUAAGGUCAUAAUAAAAAUUCAUGUAUUUAUGAAAAAUAAAAUAUUCCAUUCCUUUAUGAA